AAAACAUAUACAAAUUUUUUGUUAGAACUUUUACCUCGUAAUAAGAACAUCUGUCUUAUAAGUCGAUGCAGAAAAUAUGUAAGAUUUCGAGGUUACCCAGGUUUGACUGUACUUGAUUUCUUAUGCGCCGGCUGCAAAUUAUCGCGAUGUUUUAAUGGGGACCCUGACAAACGAGUUUCGGGAGGGCACAGGAUGUCUCCCUCAAGGUCUCGGGUUCCCCAUUCAUCUAAUUGGUGACCCCAUUAAUGGCGGUGACUGGCGUUAAUCUGAUCUGGGCCUCUUCACACUCCAACGGGCAUGUUCUCAGUCACUUGACCCAGACCCAAGAGCUCAUCCCAACCCACGACCUCCAACCCUUUUACACACUCGCUUUGGCGGGGCCCUUUAUCAGCUUUAUUGUGCUCCCGUUAUACGCAUCUGAUAAAAGCGGGGUUGCAGAAACCAAGGCGCAAACUCUGCUCAAAAAAGAGAGUGUCUAAGAGAGAGAGAGAGCUUUCUUUUAAAGAGAGAAGCUUAUAGUUCUCUCUUCUACACUGCCAAAAAACAUAACGAAUUUUUCAACAUAAGCUGUCAUAUAAAUUGCUAAUUUACUUAUUUUUAAGUUUACGUGCUAAGGAAAAUGUUUAAGGAAAAUGUCGCGACGCAUUCAAUUUGACAAUUUCAACAGAUGUUGAAAGUUUAUUUUUAGACCGAGUGUUGUUUAUUUUAUUUUGUUUAAAUCGCCAAAUUUAUGACGACUACUGAAAUACUUUUUCACCGUUUUCCCCCAUAAGUUAUAUUGUUUUGUGAAAUUUGUUGUCAUUUUCGCACACAUCCGGUAAGUCAGAAGUUAAUAAGAUCCAUUCUGGUUUUGCCGAAAGUAAAUGAUUUCAUUUUUAUUUUAGGCUCAACGAAUCAUUUCACACGCACACUCGCAAAUAGAAAAGAAAGCAUCUGUGUAUCUUUCACCCGCACACACAAAACACAGACACACUCUCACACACACAUUAAAGAAUUCGGCGGAGGAUAAAGAUCAUGCUGAACUCAAUCCAAAUCAAGAUCAGGCUAGCGAAUGCAUUUGAAUGACGCUGAUAAGACCACUGUGCAGCAGCUAUCCAUCGGAAUGCGCAUCUGUUUCUGUGUCCGCAUCCGUAUCUGAAUGCGAGAAGAGUUCGCUUGGGUGACGCUGACGACAAAUGACACGUACUCACUGGGUGCCUUGGUUUUGGCCCACUCCCUGAAAAGGGCCAAGACCACCCACCAGCUGGCCGUCCUGGUCACGCCCACCGUCUCGCAGGCGAUGCGCGACAGACUGAAGGAGGUGUACAACGUGGUGCAGGAGGUCAAUGUGCUCGACUCACAGGACGCCGCCAAUCUGGCGCUGCUCGCCCGCCCCGAACUGGGCGUGACCUUCACAAAGUUGCACUGCUGGCGCCUCGUGCAGUUCGAGAAGUGCGUCUUUCUGGAUGCCGAUACACUGGUUUUGCAAAACUGCGACGAGCUGUUUGAGCGCGAGGAACUUUCGGCCGCUCCGGAUGUGAGCUGGCCGGACUGCUUCAACUCCGGCGUGUUCGUGUUCAGACCCAGCGUGGACACCUUCACCCAGAUCACAGAGUUCGCCGUGAAGAACGGCAGCUUCGAUGGCGGCGAUCAGGGCCUGCUGAACCAGUUCUUUGCCGACUGGGCGACGGCCGACAUCAAGAAGCAUUUGCCAUUUGUUUACAAUGUGACGGCCUAUGCCUCGUACUGCUAUCUGCCCGCAUUCAAACAGUUCAGAGAUAAGAUUAAGAUUUUGCAUUUCGCCGGCAAGCUGAAGCCCUGGCUGAUUCAGUUCAACUCCGAGACAAAGGUGGCCAGCGUUUCCUCGGACUAUGCCCAUGCCCAGGAUCUGAUUCAGCUGUGGUGGAACAUCUUCUGUGAAAACGUGAUCCAGUCCCUGUCCACCGAAAUGCAAACGCCAGGAAGAGUUGCCAUUGAUCGGCCCGAGGGAGCGAUAGCCCACGGGCCAAGUACCGAGUGCCUUUGCCUAAAUCUAAUGCACUCGCAAAGCGAAUCCGCGGCGGAUGAGCAGCAUCAGCGGCAGCAGCAUGAGUACUACCAGCAGCAGCAGAUGCACCACCAACUGUUGCAUGUGCGCCAGUUCCGCGAUCCUUGGGCAGAUUACUAUGAGAAUCUGGAGAAGGAGAAGGAGCAGGAGCAGCAGCAGCAACAGCAGCAGCAACAGCAGCAGCACCACCACCAGCACCACAAUCCCAGCCAGAAUCACAGCCAGGACAAUGGGAAUGCGAAUGCAACUGAGACUGCGAAUGCGAAUGCAAAUGCAAAUGAAUAUGCCACUGAGUGGCAACAUGACGAUGCAUGCCACCCACCUUCGUCGCCGACUCCUCCACCCCAGUCCUACAAUGCCAAUGCCACUGCCACUGCCACUGCCAAUGCCGAAGACUUUCCAUCCGUAGAUGUGAAUAGCAAUGAGCUAAACAUUUCACAUCCACCUGAACAUGCCACCUCAGCCACUGCCACUGCCACUGCCAAUGACACGCCUACUGCCACGCCCACGCCCACGCCCUCGCCCACGCCCACGCCUCAUCAUUCCGUGCAUAGUCAGACAGUAGAAAAAGCGACAAGCCACCAACAAGAACAUGAAGUUGCAGCCACUGCGCAGCCUGAGGCGGGUCUGGCUGGUGCUCUGUCUCAGCUGCGCAUCGGUGAGCAACGCACUCCCGAACAGGAGGACUACGAAAAUCAGAUGCGCCGCCAGUGCUGGGAGUCUGGACAGAUCGACUACUCUGGCGCCGAUUCCUUCGAGAACAUCUGGAAGAAGAUCUCGCAGACGCUGGACAAGAAGUCCGACAAGGAGACCGAAGAAACUGAUAACGAUAACGAUAACGAUAGUGACCCUCCUGCUAACCCACUAAGCUAUGAUCAAUUGCUAAACGAAACCGCCAGCAAACUGCUGCAUCCGCCCGAGAAAUCCGCACCUUCGCAGGCGAUAACGAAACAGCCGCAAACUAACAAUGGGAAUGGGAAUGGCAAGGGGCAGCCGCAGCUUGACCAGCCACGCCCCUCAGCCCGCCCUAAAGCCGCAGCAACUAACGCUUCAACUCCUUCCGCCACCUCCUUAAAGCAGAGUCCACAGAUGCGACAGGCAAAACCGGAACCACAGCCACAACCGCAGCCAGCACAGCACAUCACGUUGCCGGCAGGAAGUGGAAACGGAGGCGUCUCCAAGAACAGCAAACAGCGGUCCGCCCGCAAGUUCAAAUAGCAAUUACUGAAGCUGCUGAUGCACUACAGCUGCCUGCCACACCUGGCGUGUCGCUCCAAGUUGUAUUACCGGCGGCUGGAACCGAAUCUGGAUACCGAACCCCAACCCGUGCACGUCUAAACCCGGCGAUUAAUUGACAAAUCCAAGAAAGUACAAAGCGUAGCAACGAUGAAUGCUGUAGAAGUUGCUUAGCAGGCGGUUCUUAGACGAUGAACUUACAGUUAACAAGAUUUCCAGUUAUCCCAAUUAUAAAUAACAAAGUCAAUUUAAAUUCUCGCAAUAUUCGAUACAACGAAAAGGACUUCGGUUAAAGUAAAUAUUUGUGACUUAAAGUAUUUUUAAGUGACUUUUAAAUUGCUAACAAGUGAACUGAAAGGAAUGAGUCUAAAUUAAUUUGUCGUAUGAAAAAAAAUAUAUGAUAGGAUUAGGAUUGAAAUUUUAAUUUUUCGAACAUUGAUGCUUAAAUUAGAUAGUCAAAAUUAAGAAAUUAUUAAAUAUUAAAUUUGUUAAUUGGCUUAAUUUACCUAAAACUAUAUAAAUUAGGAAAAUAAUUAUCAUAUAAUCACGACUGCUUUUGAAAUCGUCUAAGAGCCACUUGAUUAACCCGAUUGCCAGGCUGCCUUACUAAGGAAACCAAAGCAAUAUCAUAGACUUA